AUGCAGACAGCAGUCAUCGAUCACUUCCCCAACCCCGAGUCUGUAUCUUGCGAGGAGUCCCCCGCAAAAGAGACGCCCUCGCAGAACCUGGAAUUAGGGACAACCACUACUGUUCAAGGACUCCUUGAACGAGAUGAAGGUGUUCCUGAGUCUCGCUCGGAGCCACCCACCCGAACUAGUCCUGGAAAGCUUAUUCAACCGGACUCUUCAUCAUCCAACCGUUUGGACCCUCCCCGAGCCGCUACUUCGAUGACGCACGCGCAUCCAUUUACGAAGGUCGAGAUAGAGGAAGUUUCUUCGAAGGGUGAGAGAGUCGAAGUUCGAACAUCUAUAAUUCAAACAAGAGACAUGCGGAAGAUGUCCAUCGAGGACCUGGUGCGGAUCGCGACGAAUCGAGGGAGAAGAAUCUCGGAAUUGGAAAAGAAAAUCGCAUGUCUGACCCAAAGGCUCGAGAAGUAUCAACGCUUCUCAAGGAGCUUGGUGGACACAAUGAAAGCCAUGACGGAGGCGGCCGAAGACGGGGAGAUGGACGUGCUUGAGGGUUGA